AUGCGGCGGAGCCACCAACGCCAGCGGCGCCAGCGAACAGCGACUUCCUGCGCACUCUGCGUCCCUGCACCGAGCGGGCAUACAAUUCUACCUAGCUCGCCACGGCCGCCCCGUGCCAGAGCUGGCGCGCCAGCUCCUGCCCGACCUUGCCGCGUCUACCACCUUCCCGAGCUUGCUGUGCCCUCCCCUGGUGGAGCUCGCCGCGGCCGCCCUACCGGAGCUUGCCCCCGCCCGCACCAGCCCAUGGCGGAGCUCGCCGUGGCCGCCCCCACCCCGCCGGAGCUUGCCCCCCGCCCGCACCAGCCCGUGGCGGAGCUCGCCGCGGCCGCCCCCAUCCUGCCGGAACUUGCCCCCCGCCCGCACCAGCCCGUGGCGGAGCUUGCCGCGGCCGCCCCCACCCUGCCGUAA